GCUGCACCACACAAACCAGCAGAUGUCAGCCAGCACGAUCCACCUGGAGUCGUUGGCCACAAACAAGCAACAGCAACCCACGAGCAUCCCCGGAGCUAUCGCCACGCCAAACAACGGAAACAUUCUGCUGAACGCAAUCUAAAAUUCAGCGAUUCCCACUAAUCAACCGGAUCACCAUCACCACCACGCCGCCGCCCAUCAUCAUCAGUCGGAAGCCAGUUCCAGCAAGCAGUCCCAUCUGUACCAGACGCACCCCCACUUUUCGGACACUUUUGCGUACAACGCCGAGCAGAGUAUUCUGACGUUCCACUCACAGUCCCGUCCGGUGCCUGGGCCACGAUGGUGGCCACUUCGGCCGUUGCCCCGUCCCACCACGACACACGAUAUCGCAGCCUGGGCCAACUGAAGGUGGAGGACAUCCUGAAGCGCAAGGUCCCGCCCAAGCAAACGACGGUGCCGCGGAAAGUUCCGCGGCCGCAGCUGCAGCAAUGUCUAGCGGAUCUACGACCGCUGCGGCAUCCGGUUCGCGACCACCUCCUCCGUCAUGCAAAAAAGCGACCACGCUGGGCUCUUCUUCAGAUAAGCUCAAAAAAGCACUUCUACAAAAACGCGUCCACAGUGAAGGCAAGACGGAAGACUAAACGUACGGCGACAGGAUCAAAAACCGACGAGUACCACGACUGUUGAACGUGCCCGGAUCACAUUUGGAUCAAAAUCUGUCGAACCUACCGAGCAAGCGACUACGCGCUGGCACCGUGUGGCACCGGUGAGAAGAUUUGGCAGAGGCGAAACGAAUUUAUCACCGGCUGACGAUGGGUUCGCCGGGUGAUUAGGACCUAGAGCACUGUUCAAUAAGAACUUGUGGUCCUAGCCCAUCUGGUGACCUUGUGUAAAAUCGAAGCUUUAUAUUGUGUAUUUCAGAAUUUGUACUUUUUUAUAUUUUUGUCAAUAAAAUGCCCUUUAUUUGUUGUUUUGUUUCAUUAUUUAAAAACACAGUAAACAUAACUUCAAAAAUCCGAUAUAAAAACUAAGAAGAAGAAGAAGUGGUCCUCGAAAUGCGCCUGAAUUUCCCCCAGAUAUUUUGCCCGAAAUCGGGCGCAGGUCGUCCGUCAUAUCUGGCGAAAAUCUGGUCGAAUCCAUCUGUCAAACCGCAUAACCGAUUUAAUCGGUUCAAUCGGUUGACCGCGCCCGACCGGUUUGUGUCAUAUUCGCCAGAAUUACUGGCAGAAAUCUGGGAAAAAUCUGGGGGAAAAUCCGCCAGAAAUCUGGCGCAAUGCCCAAGACAAACGCCAGACACACGCCCCCCUUUUCCG